AUGGAGUCGGUGCCGGUGUUCCUCGUUCUGGUCCUUCUCACAGUGGACGCCGUUCUAAGUGGCGCCCGUGAUGUUAUUUACGCUGUCAACUGCGGCGGAGAAGCACACUUGGACUCGCAUGGCAUCAGCAUCGUUUUGGUACUGAAGUUCUCAGAGGUCUACUUCAAUCAGCCGAACCAAAAGCUCUUCGACGUGGUGUUGAACCGUGAGCAUGUGAUAGUGUCCGACUUGGAUAUCUACAGUAAAGUAGGUCGUGGCGUCGCGCACGACGAAAUCAUUCCGUUCAAAAUCAGGGACAACUUGUUGAUGGUGAAUGACGAGGUGAGCAUGGUGUCGAAUGGGAGAAUCCGUGUCGAUUUCAUCAAGGGUCCCUUCGACAACCCGAAAAUCAAUGCUAUCCUGCUCAUCAAAGGAACCCUGGCUGAUGUGCCAAUGUUGCCAUCGGUUACGGAUGGGAUUCUGGAUGAGCCCGAAGAGCGAACAGAAGAAGCCAGGAGCUCCAAGUCAAAACGAGCUUCAGGCCCGCGAACACCGGAUCCGUACGCGGCCGACGAUUCCUCAAUUAUGCUGCCGGUAUUUGUGGCGAUCGGAGCGUUCAUUCCGCUUUUGUUCUGCUUGUGCAGACUGUGA